GUAGGGAACGUCACUAACAACAACUCUGACCUCCUGACUCCAAAAAAGGAGAGCACCAUGCAUUCAGAAAAAUAGAAAGGAGAUCGAAAUUAAAAACAAGAUAAAAUAAAUAACCUUGCCCAAAACUAGGUAUAGCGAUGAUUUUUCGAAAAACUGAACACUUCCUGAAUUUUUUCUGAGCCUGCUACAGAUCAUAGUUAUUCGGGAAUUCACACUCUUUCCUUUUUCAAAGAUACGUUGAGUGUUUAAUAGAUUGCUUUAGAAAUGCACUCAUAAAAAAUACUCCUAUUUGGGGGACAGGCUGUAGUGUAGAACAUAUAAUUAUACUCAACGUUUGAUGAACUGUAAAUUUAUGGUCAUGUAGUACAGUCCGCUAUAACAUAAACCUUUGAAGACUCAGUUAAGAUGGUGUACACAGAGUAUAUUAUAAUAAAUAAAUCGCACAAUUCCUGCUUUAUAAUAAUUUCUGCAUAAAUGUGUCCAUUGAAAUUCUUAUUAUUUUGUAAUCCAAUUUUUCCUUUUUUUAGAUAUUAACAUAUCCUGGAGAUCCACCUCCCCAAUAGAUGUCAGCAUUGUUUGUUUUCGCAAAUGUUAAUGUAGAUGUAAAUUGGAGACAAGACAUACUCUCUACAUCUCAGCUAUUUUACGCACACGCACGGACGUAAGUCAGUGGCUUGGUCGUGGGUCCACAUCUUUGAUGCCAACCUACGAUAAUCUGUGAUGUUGCAGUAAAAGAGAGAGUUUUAAAACACUUCAUUUACAGUUUAUAAUAGUCUUUACUUACAGCCAGCAGACAAUUAGUAAUCAGCAGCACAGGACGAAACACGCAACGCACGGUGGAACUACACCUGACAACGACACACACCUACAGAUCUCAGGUGGCACAGGCCCGUAGUUGCACCGGUGUUGUUAUUCUUACUACAAUGUAUAACAUAUCUAGAAACAUCUAGCAUCUACUUGUACUUGUCACGCAUGUCUUCAGUGUGAGGCGCAUCAUUAGUCAAGGUGUGUGCAUGUUACCUGACAUGUCCGUUUUGAUGUGAGCGAGGAUUUAAAGAAAAAAGGGAGUCAAACAUCAGCUUUGCUUAAAUGGUGAGAUACUGAAUCAUAUUUAAUAAAAAUUAAGGUUAAAAACAAUUGUGGACUUAGUAAAGUCCAAACCCAUUCUUUACAGUGACUGUCACAUCAAAGCAAACAUUAGCUACACUAAAACUAACUCUUGAGCUUCGUCAUCGUUCACACUAGUAUUCUUUAGAGUUCGUUAACCUUUUUAUCAUUGUACUCGCUUCAUCACUAAACCAUUUCCAAAUGUGAGAUACUAGUGUUUUGACGACCUGCACUCAUGAGACUGAGAUAAGCUCUUGUGCGUGACUGUUCAGAGAUGUUACAUAAAGACACAUCACGUGACGUACUUACAGCGUCUAAGACCUAUGUCACACAAGCGAUUGUCAGUAAAUAAUCGUUUUGCUAAACUAAACUUUGUGAGGAUAUGAUUAAGAAUGUCAAUCUGUUUAAGUCCACGUCUAUAGCCAACUUACCGUCUCACUCCUCGUGCCCUUUAAGUGACAAACUGCAAUCCUUUGUGCAGACCCACCAGUCCCUGUGGUGAUGUAGUUCUCGCCUGUAACGACAGACUACACUAAACGAGAAGCAAACAUGGAAAUGGUGGGCUCCAAAGAUGUUUUGUCCAAAGCACCGGCAUUUUGUUCUCAAAGAUGGAAUCUCGCCAUACUCUCUUUCUUUGGCAUUUUUAUCGUUUACUCCAAUCGCGUGAACCUCAGCGUGGCCAUCAUCUGCAUGGUGCUUGCGCCUUCCGUCAACGUCACUUCCGAUCACCAGGCGAAUGACAGUAUCUUGGCUACACACGGCCUCGCUACCAAAGUCACCCUCGCUUACCCGGAUGUGACUGCAGACAAUCUGGCAGCAGACGACAGGAUCGGUGAAAGUGGCUGCACUUUGGAAAUAACAAAAUCAAGCCUGUCUGUGGACGCUGGUGAAUUUGACUGGGAUAAGGGAACACAAUCUCGUCUUCUGGCCAUGUACUUCUAUGGGUACAUUUUCACUCAAAUCCCCGGCGGGUGGCUGGCUGAUCGGUAUGGUGGGCGGCUGGUGUGGGGGCUUUGUCAGAGUAUUUGUGCCCUGAGCUCGCUGGCCUUGCCCCUUGCUGCACGUGCUCAUGUUUACUUAGUCGAUGCCCUUAGGUUUCUCCUCGGAUUUGCAUCGGGUGUCGCUUUCCCUUGUUUUUACGCCAUGAUGGGCAGGUGGGCUCCGAAACUGGAGAGAAGCAAAAUAAUGUCCUUCUGCUUCACUGGUCUCUCAGUUGCAAACGUACUGACCUUCCCGCUGUCCUCUCUGCUGUGUGUCUACGGUUUUGACAACGGCUGGGGCUCCAUCUUCUACCUGUCUGGAAUAGGCAAUCUGGUGUGGGUCGUGGUGUGGUUUGUGGUGACGGCAGACACGCCAGCUAAACACAAGAGGAUCAGCGAGGCUGAACGAAACUACAUACAGAGUUCUAUUGGCGACACACCUGAGGACAAGGAAAUAUCGCCGACCCCAUGGAGGGCCAUCUUUACUUCCUCCGCUGUCUGGGCCUGUACUGUUGCUCUGGUGUCCAGCACAUACACUGCCUACACUCUUCAGACGUCACUUCCGGCUUUCAUGAAGGAGGUGUUGAACUUUGACAUCAAGCAGAAUGGCGGUCUAUCAGCCCUUCCCUUCCUGUGUGAAUCUUUAGUGACAGUCUUGAUGGGACAGGUGGCGGACAGGUUGAGAGAGAGAGGAAUUCUCAGCACCAAGAACACCAGGAAGAUCUUCACGAUCAUUGCGUUACUGGGAUCGGCCACGUGCAUCGUGUCAGCAGGCUACAUGGACUGUAGUCAGCGAGCCGUGGCGGUGUUUCUGGUCUGCCUGUCCUUGUCUUUCCUGGGCCUGAACCACGCAGGUUACGCUGUCAAUCACAUUGAUCUCGCCCCUCGACAUGCUGGAGUGAUGUUUGGUAUCACAAACACGGCUGGAACUGUUUCUGGAAUGGUAGGACCACUAGUAGUAGGAGCCUUGACACCAAACGGAACGGCUGGAGAAUGGCGUCACGUGUUCUACGUCUGCGCCGCUGUGUCCGUUGUGGGAGCGAUGGUGUACGGCAUCUUUGCGGAGGGAGAGUUACAGAGCUGGGCGGCUCCCCCGUUUGUACAACAAGUAGUGGACUAUCAAAGUGUGAAAGAAGUAGACAACAACGAAAACCGCACUCAUCCCAUCUCCCAGUGUGAAGAUGCCUCUCCAGGGGACGUCACUACGCCGACUCCAAGAAAAGAGAGCAGCAGCGUUUCAGAACCACAGAAAGAUUUAAAUUACAAAUGAAAUACGCCUUCCAACUAAGUUGUACUAUAUACAAAAAGAUGAACAACAGUAACUUGUAUCGCCUUGCAUUAUGUAGAAUAAGAACAGAUUUAAUAUAAUAUGGAUAAUGUUUUGGAAGAAACAUUCUGCUCAUGUUUUCUAGAACCUGCUAAAUUGCCGCCUAUAGUUACUCGGAUAUUUUCAUACAGUUUUAUUGCAAAAAAAAAAAAAACCGCAGGCCUCCUAACAGAUGGAUUCAAACAUGGAAUCGUAAAAGAUACUCUCAUUUGGUGGACAGGUUAUGGUGUACGACAAAUAAAUUUUCUGAACCUUUGAUGAAUUCUACAUUUACGGUCACAGGGAUGUAAUGCUCCUACAUGCUAUCAUAACUUUGAUGUCUUUGAAAUGUCUUUCAAAACUCAUUUCAGACGGUGCAAAUAGCUUGAAAUAAAUAACAGUGUGCUAAAA